AUGGCCUGUCCUCUUCCAAAUUUUAUGGGGUGUGUCGUUUUGGGAGUUUUCGUUGCUUUUGCAGUGUUGGGUUCUGUGAGUUCAUCAAGAUUUGAUGAGCUUUUUCAGCCCAAUUGGGCAUUUGACCAUUUUGCCUCCGAAGGAGAGCUUCUCAGGAUGAAACUUGACAACUAUUCUGGAGCUGGGUUUUCCUCAAAAAGCAAAUAUAUGUUUGGGAAAGUCGGUAUCAAGAUCAAGCUUGUAGAGGGUGACUCUGCUGGAACUGUCACUGCUUUCUAUAUGUCAUCGGACGGUCCAUAUCACAAUGAAUUUGAUUUUGAGUUCCUGGGCAACACCACAGGGGAACCUUAUCUAGUACAAACCAAUGUUUAUGUCAAUGGAGUGGGCAAUAGAGAACAGAGAUUGAACCUCUGGUUUGAUCCCACCAAGGAUUUUCAUUCCUACUCAAUUCUAUGGAAUCAGCGCCAAGUUGUAUUCUUAGUUGACGAGACACCCGUACGCGUACAUUCGAAUUUGGAGCACAAGGGGAUUCCAUAUCCUAAAGACCAAUUCAUGGGAGUUUAUAGCUCAAUAUGGAAUGCUGAUGAUUGGGCCACACAAGGUGGGAGAGUCAAGACUGAUUGGUCACAUGCACCUUUCAUUGCAAGCUAUACGGGGUUCGAGAUCGAUGCUUGUGAGUGCCCCGAUGCGGUGGCGGCCAUCGAUAACGUCAAGCGUUGCAGCACUGCUGGUGGUGAGAAGAGGUAUUGGUGGGACGAGCCGACGAUGUCGGAGUUGAACCUCCACCAGAGCCAUCAGCUUCUGUGGGUUCGAGCCAACCACAUGAUUUACGACUAUUGCACCGAUAACUCAAGAUUCCCGGUCGCUCCUGUCGAAUGCCUGCACCAUCACCACUAG